AUGUUUAUGACAAGUGGAAGUGGAGUGAAUUUACGAACACUUCGAGCUGUACGUGUACUACGUCCUCUCAAACUAGUAUCAGGUGUACCAAGUCUUCAAGUAGUUUUAACGUCGAUUAUCAAAGCGAUGGCACCAUUAUUACAAAUUGGAAUAUUAGUAUUAUUUGCUAUAUUAAUAUUUGCAAUUGUUGGAUUAGAAUUUUACUCUGGUGUCUUUCAUGUAACGUGCUUUGAACAAAAUAAUCCAACGGAAUUGCCAAGUUUCAUACCAGAUGCACCUGGUUUAGUACCAUGUCAACCGGUGGAUACGCAUACACGACCACCAGGAGCAUUUGUUUGUCCAAGUGGUUAUAUAUGUAAAGGGUAUUGGGAGGGACCAAAUUAUGGCAUAACAAGUUUCGAUAAUAUUGGUUAUGCAAUGUUAACAGUAUUCCAGUGUAUUACAAUGGAAGGAUGGACAGAUGUACUAUAUAUGACAAAUCGAACAUAUGGGUCACGUUUCAACUGGAUUUAUUUCAUACCUUUAAUUGUAAUUGGAGCAUUUCUAUUGAUCAAUUUAGUACUUGGUGUUUUAAGUGGUGAGUUUGCUAAAGAACGUGAACGUGUGGAAAAAAGGCGUGCUUUUUUGAAAUUACGCAGGCAACAACAAUCUGAUCGUGAAUUGAACGGUUAUCUAGAUUGGAUACAACGAGCCGAGGAAGUUAUUUUAGCUGAAGAACAAACAUCAUUUGCACAACGAUUAAAAAUUAUCAAAGCUAGAAAAAGAGCGGAAAAGGUACGAAGAAGAUCAAACGAUGCUGAGAAACGUGCUAUAGCUGCUGAAUUGGAAAGUUGUGAGGCUGAAUUAAAAGCUAAACGAAAAUUUAAAAUACCCGGAACUGAAGCUUUAUUUCAAUAUCAUAAACGAUUUCGAUUUGCAGUUCGUCGUCUUAUAAAAUCACAAAAAUUUUAUAUUAUUGUGAUUACUCUCGUAUUGCUAAAUGCAUUAUGCGUUUCUGUAGAAUUCUAUGGUCAACCAGGAUGGCUUACAGAUUUCUUAUAUUUUUCAGAAUUCAUUUUUCUUGGUCUUUUUCUAUUUGAAAUGAUCAUAAAAAUCUAUGGAUUGGGUUGUUUGAUUUAUUUUCACUCAACAUUCAAUAUAUUCGACUUUGCUGUUGUUUUUGCUAGUUUAUUCGAAAUUGUAUGGCAGAUUUUUUAUCCAUCUGAUUCAUUUGGAUUUUCUGCUUUACGUAGUAUACGUUUAUUGAGAAUAUUCAAAAUUACAAGAUAUUGGGCAUCAUUACGUAAUUUGGUAUUAUCUUUAUUAAAUGCUAUGAGAAGUAUACUCAGUCUUCUAUUUCUACUUUUCUUAUUUAUGUUAAUAUUUGCUUUACUUGGAAUGCAAUUAUUUGGUGGAGAGUUUAAUUUUGAUGAUGGCAAACCAGGCCAAAAUUUUGAUACAUUUGUAAAGGCCUUAUUAACUGUAUUUCAAAUCUUAACUGGUGAAGAUUGGAAUAUGAUUAUGUACGAUGGUAUACGUUCUCAAGGUGGUGUAAAUAAUGGAGGAUUUGUAUAUUGUAUUUAUUUUGUAUUAUUAGUAUUGUUUGGCAACUAUACUUUGUUAAAUGUGUUUUUAGCUAUUGCUGUAGAUAAUUUAGCUAAUGCACAAGAAUUGACGGCAGCUGAAGAAGAGGAACAACGUUUAGCGGAUGAGUUAGCGGAACAACAAGAAGAUAAGGAAAAUCUAAAAAUCAAUUUAAAUCAACCACAAACUAUUGAAAUAAAUCAAAUCAAUGAAAGAAAAUAUUCCGGAUUAGAAGAAUUCGGAAAAUCUGUUACAGCGCAAAUGGGAAAUAAAUAUUGUGAUAACUAUAGUACAAUGCAAAAAUUUCAAACUGAUAUUGAACUAGGUAGAGAGCAAGAAACACAAGCAAAUCAAGAGUCUCAAACACAACAUCAAUUAUAUGGCAAGCCGAUGCUUCCUUACAGUUCAAUGUUUAUAUUUUCUUCAACAAAUCCUGUUCGUCGAUUUUGUCAUUUUGUAGUGAAUCUACGCUAUUUUGAUUUAUUCAUAAUGAUUGUUAUUGUAUCAAGUAGUCUUGCAUUAGCUGCUGAAGAUCCAGUCAGUGAAAAUAGUACACGAAAUUGUUUAUUAGAAUAUUUCGAUCACGCUUUUACAUGUGUAUUCGCUAUUGAAAUGUUAUUGAAGUUAAUUGAUCUCGGUGUAUUUCUACACCCAUAUUCUUAUUGUCGUGAUACGUGGAAUUUAUUGGAUGCUGCUGUAGUGAUCGGUGCGUUAAUAUCAUUUUUUCGUGCUUAUACUUUGAAAGGUAGAGCUGGACAUGGAAGUAGUAAAAAUUUGAGUACAAUAAAGUCGUUACGUGUACUUCGAGUGUUAAGACCAUUAAAAACCAUUCGCAGAGUACCGAAAUUAAAAGCGGUAUUCGAUUGUGUAGUUAGUUCAUUGAAAAAUGUUUGCAUUAUUCUUGUUGUAUAUAUAUUAUUUCAAUUUAUAUUCUCUAUUGUGGCAGUUCAAUUAUUUCAGGGGAAAUUUUUCUAUUGUAAUGAUUUAUCAAAACUUACAAAAGAAGAUUGUCAAGGUUAUUUCUUUUCAUAUGAUGAUGGUCUAGUACCUGUUGUGAAAGCUCGAGUAUGGAGUUCACGUGAUUUUCAUUAUGAUAACGUGAUCACAGCUAUGCUAACAUUAUUCACAGUGACAACUGGUGAAGGAUGGCCUGGAGUUUUAAAGAAUUCAAUGGAUGCUACAGAGGUGAAUCAUGGCCCAGUUGAAGAUCAUAGUCAACAAAUGGCAAUUUUCUAUAUCAUAUUUUUCAUUGUAUUCCCAUUCUUUUUUGUCAAUAUUUUUGUAGCUUUAAUUAUUAUAACAUUUCAAGAACAAGGUGAAAAUGAAUUAGUCGAUCAUGAAUUGGAUAAAAAUCAAAAACAAUGUAUUGAAUUUGCAAUUAAUUCAAAACCUUUAUGUAGAUAUAUGCCUAGUAAUAUUGCAUCAACAAAAUAUCGAAUAUGGAGAUUAGUUGUAUCUAGUCCAUUUGAAUAUUAUAUUAUGACAAUGAUUGCAUUAAAUACUUUAAUUUUAAUGAUGAAAUAUUAUCGACCAGAUUAUACAGAUGCUAAUAUGGGCAUUCCUGACUGGGAAACACAAAAAUAUCAAAGUUAUUGUAGUACACUAGUUUAUUUGAAUACAGCAUUUACUGCGAUGUUUACAAUGGAAUGUUUAUUAAAAUUAAUUGCAUUUGGACCAAAAAGUUAUUUUCGUGAUUCAUGGAAUACGUUUGAUUUUAUUACGGUAGUUGGUAGCAUAACCGAUGUACUUGUUUCUGAGCUACAAGAUUCAUCAUUUCUUAACUUGGGGUUUUUACGACUAUUUCGUGCAGCUCGUUUAAUCAAAUUAAUUAGACAAGGUUAUACAAUCAGAAUACUAUUAUGGACAUUUAUUCAAUCAUUUAAAGCACUACCCUAUGUUUGCCUACUUAUUACUAUGUUAUUCUUUAUUUAUGCUGUAGUAGGAAUGCAAAUAUUUGGCACGAUAGCUAUUAAUGAAGCUGAAGGACAAAUUACAAAUUACAAUAAUUUUCAUAGUUUCCCGUACGCAGUUCUGUUAUUAUUUCGUUGUGCUACUGGUGAAUCAUGGCAAGAAAUAAUGCUUGCUUGUACCUAUGGACAAGAAUGUGUUAAUCGUGCAUCAAACAAUUGUGGAAGCAAUGCAUCUUAUACUUAUUUUGUAUCAUUUAAUUUCUUUUGCUCGUUUCUUAUGCUCAAUUUAUUUGUUGCUGUAAUUAUGGAUAAUUUUGAUUAUUUAACAAGAGAUUCAUCUAUACUGGGGUCACAUCAUUUAGAUGAAUUCAUACGUGUAUGGGCUGAAUAUGAUCCAGGUGCAAAAGGAAGAAUACAUUACACAGAAAUGUAUGAAAUGCUAAGAAAAUUAGAACCUCCAGUUGGAUUCGGUCAGAAUUGUCCAUACAGAUUAGCGUAUAAGAAACUAAUUCGUAUGAAUAUGCCAUUAGAUAGUGCAGGAACUGUACAUUUCACAACAACACUAUUUGCUUUAGUUCGAGAAUCAUUAGGUAUUAAAAUGGCUCCAGCUGAAUUUAUGGAUAUUAAAGAUGCUGAAUUACGUGAAACCAUUAAAACAUUAUGGCCGGUACAAGCGAAACGAUCAUUAGACUUAUUGUUACCACCAGAUUCAGAAUAUACAUUUACCCGUCUUACUGUUGGGAAAAUCUAUGCUGGAUUAUUGAUUUAUGAAAAUUGGCAAAUGAAUAAAUCCACUGGCAAUAAAAAGAAUUUACAUCAAUUGAAUACUGUAAGGUUUUAUUUACUAAUUUAUACCACUUAUUAUUCUUUAAUCUACUAUAAAAUAUUAAUGAAAUUAGAAAAGUGAUAUAAGACAUUUUAUUUUUAAUAGUUGUUUUGUUUUAAAUUGAUAUUGAAUGGUUGUAGUUAGUCGGUAAGAGACUUUGUUCUUAGAUUUCCUACUAAUUGAUACGUUUUAGCAAUCUUGGGAGGAUUGAUGCUAUUCACAAGGACAGACAUUAUCCAACGCAUUGACCAGAGAUAUUUACAAUUGAGCAAAGUGAACUGUAAUUGACCUUCUAUAGAAAUGAUGUUAAUUUGAAGCGUUAAGCGUUAGGUAAAUUAAUAUGAUGGCCAUAGUUUAAACAUGACCGAUAAAAUUCGAUCAGCUAUUAAGCUUAAACAAAAUGACAUUGCUUGCUACUCAAAGAUCGAUUAGUAAUAAUUGUUUAUAUAUAAUUAGAUUAUAAGGGUUUGUUUGUUUCCAGCAUUAACGGGCAUCAGCUUGAGAAUCAUCACAAAACAAUACCGCGAGCAACUAUAUCAGCAGUGAUACAGUUUAGUUCGUUGUUUUAUUUUCAUUAAUUGAUAAAAUAAUAAGUCGAUAUCAGUCCAUUCUGAUAUUUCAAGUUAACUAUUACCGUCUUGAAUAGCUUAUUCUUGUUCAAAUCUGUGUCACUCCUUUUUUGAAAUAUUCUAUUUAUUUAGAAUCAAAAACCUGUUUUAUAUAGAAUAAACUGACCUACUAAAAUCAUAAAUAUUUAUCCACUCUUUCAGAGUUCCGUAUAUCUGUGAAUGUUUUAGGAUUUGGCACGGAAUUAAAACAAUACUUUAUGUCGUGUACUUGUGACUUUGAUAAACUGAGCGUCUCAACAAAAUAUAUCUCAUGAAAUGUUUAGUAAUCACAUACAACCGUUACUAACCUUGAAAGGAACUAGUUAGGUACAUUAGAAUUAAGAUGUAAAAACGGUAACUAAAACAAUACACAUUUUUGCCAUGUACAUAAACUGUUCGAUAAACUUUAAUCAAUAAGAUAUAUCAUGUAUAAUUAUUCAUGAACAAGCCUUGAAAAAAAUCCACCAUAUACGCUAACCAACAAAAAACCAGUAAGGCUUUCGAAGCCAUUUAAUGCAUAUAAUAAUGAUCGUAUCGAUUACUCUGAAAUAGCGUAGAUUAACUCGUUAUUGAUAUUUUGACUGAAAUUCGAUCAAUCUGGGUAUAGCAUGCGAACAUCCUGUGAGGAUUGCCUCGAUAUACCCAUAAUGGCACAAGUUAACAUGAAAUAAAUGAAAUCUGAUUAGCACUGAAUUCAGGAGCGCUUUUUGCACCAUCUGAGGGUCAAAUUGAAGAUCAACUUUGGGAUCCACGUAAAUCUAGCUGACGAGUCCCAAACAGGACGAAAGGCUAAUCCCGGAUUCCAGUCCCAGACACAUUUCAUCUUUUCUAUAUGGAAACACAGGGAAAGAAGCCAAUAAACUAAUAACUAGGUUGUCACAUAUGGCUAAAUGAAAAUAUUUACUUUUUAAAUUAGAAUGUGUUUAGAAUCUUGAUAACUACAUAAUUAUCCAAUUCUACUUAAACAGAAUACUCUAUAACUAUAUCUGUUUUUUUACUAUAUGUACUUAACGAACGAAUUGAUAUUUUCAUUUCAGAAACCUAUACUUGAAGCAUGCUUAACUCAAAUGUUAGGACAUGAGUAAGUU